AUGUUUCCAUUAUAUUAUCAACAGCAACAACAAACAACUUCAUUUCCAACUUCAUUUCCAAAUGAUUUUCAAUAUGGUUAUCAACAUCCACAACAACAAUAUCCAUUCGAUUAUCGUCAACAACAACAACAAUAUUUCAAUUAUCAACAACAACAACAACAACAACAACACUUUUCUAAUUUAAAUAAAAUGCCAAUAGAUUGGCAACAAAAUAAUUGGUUGGGAGGAACAGUUAAUGGACAGCAUAUGCCACUACAACCACCACCAUUUCAAUAUCCAUUAAAUAAUUUAACAAUGACUGAGGUUCCAUAUCAUAUGAAUAGACAAUUACAAAAUCUUACAGAUAUACGUCAUAUAUCACGACGUGGUAUUCUUAAACGAACAGGUCAAUGGAUAACACCAAAAACACCAAUGACACGUCGUUUAGUUCAUUUUAUGCUUGAACAAUGGCAACCAUCAGUAUAUAAUAAGAAUAAGAAUAAGAAUAAGAAUAUGACCUCACAUGAAUUUCAGGGUAUGUCGAUAACGACACCGAUUCAAGUGAAUAAGAAGGAUCAUCAAAUUAAUGUAGAUUUAACAACAACAAGAAGAAGAGAAAAAAAACAUUCGCAAAAAAAGAAAACACCUGAAAAAGCUCAUCUGGACACAAUUCGUCGAAGAGAAAGGCAUCAAAAACAACGAGCAAUUAUACUCGAACAAAGUAAAGAACUAGGUCGAUUAAGUGAUAAUCGUUUUAAUCUUCUUCUCUCUCUAACAGAUAAUGAAGAGACUGAUAAGGAGCUUUCAGAGGUUGAUAAUGGAACAGAAACCAUGAAAGAUAAUGAACAACGAAACUUAUCAAAAAAAGAAAAACACAAUACUGGCACACAAAAGAAUGGAGUCAGUAAAAAGAGACAAGCUAAAACAACAACAGAAGUUCUCAUCACAAAUGCGCGUGGUAAUAACCAGCGUCAAGUAAAUGUAUCUAAUCUUGAAAUAGAACAGGAAAUUAAUAUUUUAAAUGAUACAGAACAAAAUGAUACAGAACAAAAUAAUGUUGAACAAUCAUCAACUAGUAAAGAUAAACGAAAAAUUAAGACCUAUUUGCAAGGUUUCAAGAUUCUCGCUUAUCUCAAAGAUAGAGUAAAUAAUGAUCAAAAAUUGAAAUUCGAUUUAAAAGAUGCUUUCAAUGAAGUGUGCGCCUAUGCAAAGAAUACUAUUGAAACAUAUGAUAAAUGGGUACAUGAUCAUUAUGAAGCCCAAGUAUGA